AUGGUACCAUUAUUAACAACACUUGCGGUUACACAAUCACAAUAUAAAAUAAAUUGCCAUUGUUGUUUAAAAAUAUUUCGAAGACUCUGUUUCUUUCUAGCCGACACAUCUUCAAUUCCAAUCUUUAGUUAUUUCAUGGAACCGCUUUCAAACCUUCAAAUUAGCAGUCUAAUGGACAAAGAAGGAAGAAUUUCUAACAAUAAUAUGGACAUUUUAAGACGGACUUUAUAUUAUAGAGGGUGUGAGAAGGAUGCUCGAGAACUCUCAUGGUCACUCUGUUUGGGGUACUUGAAUCACGAGAAGACAACGUCUGAAAGAAAGUUAGAAGAGACACAUUACCAUGUGAUUUACGAAAAAACAAAAAGUGUUUGGCAAAAUGUUAUUCCCGAGCAAAAACAGAAUUGGGCGUUAUACAAACAGAUUGAAACACAAAUAGAUAAAGACGUGACUCGGACAGACAAAGACGAACACUUGUUUCAAACUGACGAUUUGCGUCAUACCACACUUUUAAAAACCAUUUUAAUGACAUACGCAUUUUUCAAUAUGAGAAUUAAUUACCGACAAGGGAUGAAUUAUAUAGUCUCUGGUCUAAUGAAUGUCACAACAAAUGAAAACGCGUUGUUUUGGCUUUUCAAAUGUGUGAUGGAUAUCAUCCAACCUUUCUAUUUCUGUGAAAACGACACCAUCAUGAGAGCUCUUAAGAAGAAUGGGUGUAUCCUCAAAGUGAUGUCACCACCCCUUUACAAAUAUUUGCAACAACGGGAUAUCACCUAUUUCUUUUGCUUCAAGUGGAAUGCUUUGUUGUUUAAGAGACUCUUCAAUGAAAAGGAUCUCUUACGGGUUUGGGAUACCAUUUUUGCAUUUCCAAACAGAAAGAUGUUUUACUACAUCACUGCAGCAAUACUCAAAGAGUACACCACUGACAUUGUUUCUUGCCUCCUAUCAUUUGAUGAAUUGAUGUUAUUUAUUCAAAAACUGAAUGGGACAAUUGGAGAUGGAAUUGUGUAUCAAGCGGAUGUUGUGUAUCAAGAAUUUAAGAAGACUGCAGACAGUGAAAUUGUUCAAUAUGUCUAUGAAAAAUUCAGUUACAAACCAGCACCAAAAAAUGACAUUCGUCGUGUGUUCUUUGAUAUAUACAGUCAGUGCAGACCAAGGUCUUACUCUACGAAGUGA